AUGACGAGACCAGAAGUAUUCCUUGUCGUACUCUCGCUGUGGACGCUCGCAACCUGCGCCGGCGGCCUCCGCCUGGAGCUGAGGCACGUGGACGCCAAGGCCAACAUCACCAUGGCGGAGCGCAUCCGCCGCGCCGACGAGCGUACCCACCGCCGCGUCGCGUCCGUGCUCGCGGUGGCCCCCGUCUACUGGGGGGGCACUCAGUACGUAGCGGAGUACAGCAUCGGCGACCCUCCGCAGCAGACGGAGGCCGUCGUGGACACGCUCAGCGACCUCGUCUGGACGCAGUGCACGCCGUGCAACUCCUCCUACUGCUUCCCCCAGAGACUCCCCCAGUACAACUUGUCGCGGUCGCGCACCGCCCACCCCGUUCCCUGCAACGGCACCCUGUGCGCCGCCGCGCACGAGGUCGGCGGCCGGUGCUCGGGUGACAAGAACGGGGCGUGCGCUAUCAGGGCGCGGUACGAUCUCGGCGACGUGGGUGGGUUCCUCGGGGUGGAGGAGUUCACGUUCGGGUCGGAGAAGGUGACUGUCGCCUUUGGGAUCAUAACCACGAGCAACAUCGAUCCGGGCCUCAACGGCGCGUCCGGCCUCGUCGGGCUCGGCAGGGGCGCGCUGUCUCUGGUCUCCCAGUUGGGAGGCGACAAGUUCUCCUACUGCUUCACCCCUUACUUCAAGGGCCAUCUCAACACGAGCCCUCUGUUCGUGGGGUCGUCGGCCAACAUGAGCGUCGGCGGCAACAACACGCGGGGGGUGAUCACCACGGUGCCUUUCGUGGCGAGCCCGAAGGACGAGCCCUUCAAUAUUCUCUACUACCUGCCGCUGGUUGGGAUGACGGUGGGCGAGGCCAGGCUCGCCAUCCCCUCCACGGCGUUCGACAUGCGGCAGGUCGCGCCGGGGAUGUGGGCCGGCGGUGCCAUCAUCGACUCUGGCUCCCCGUUCACCCUCCUCGUCGAUGUGGCGUACGAGGCGCUGAAGCAGGAGGUGGCGCGCCAGCUACACGGCAGCCUCGUGCCGUCGCCGGUGCCCGACUUAGUGGAGCUCUGCGUGGCGUCUGUGGACGUCGGCAGGCUGGCGCCGCCGCUGGUGCUGCAUUUCAGCGGCGGAGGCGAUUUGGCGGUGCCGGCGGAGAACUAUUGGGCGGCGGUAGACGAGGAGACGGCGUGCAUGGUGGUGCUCAGCGCCGCGCGCGUCAACUUGACGAUGCCCAUGAACGAGACCACGGUCAUCGGGAACUACAUGCAGCAGAAUGUGCAUGUUCUUUACGACCUCGGCAACGGCCACAUCUCCUUCCAGCCGGCGGACUGCAACUCUAUAUGA